AUGGCAAAUCCGAAUGCCCGCUUCGAGACAACCGCAGGAGUUUUCACGGCGGAGAUCUACUUGGACAGGCAUGAUGGCUUCUUAUUAGUUCUGAUCAGCCAAGAGCUGAAAUCAUGGGUUGGACGUGGGCAUGCAGGAGGUGAGAGCAUGUCCAGGAGUGCCUCACGGUCGUUGACAGGCGACUCGGCCUCGCCGAGGUCGGCGACGCGCACCACCAGCAAGCAUGCUUUUCUCUCGGCGACGGCCCAGGCCCAGGGCCGAACACUCUCGCAUCAAAACAUAGUGCCCGACCUUCCGUUCGAUGCCGGCUCCAAGUGGCAACGCCUCAAGCAGGCCGCCGCUCCAGGCAAAGCUUCGAUUACGAAGCUGGUGCCCCAGAUUCUCAAGGAACCUGGUUCAGGAGGAAUCGGCGUGGCAGCCAGACGAACCAUUUUUGGCCAUGCCAGGAAUUUUCUGCAGCGGCAAACUGCUCAGCAACCCGAAAAGAUGAUGCUGAUGGUCCGCUCGGUCGUAGCAGGAGCCAAAUCCCAUGGACAUCAGCAGGGCUUCGUGACGGCCCUGCAUGAGAAUGCGGAAGAGAAGAAACAAGAACGCACUCUCCUGCAAGACGAAUUCGAGGAGGGCCUGGAGUCAAUUGAUAUGUCCUGGAAGUCCGGUGCCCUGACUUCCUCGGACCUGCUCGAGGAGGCGAUUCGGCAGGUGGCAAGGCUCCGGGAGAUGGCAGAAGACUCCGAGGCGGAUGAGCUCCUGCAGCAGACCCAUGACACCAUCGACAGCUGCACAAGCAUGCUCGGCGAGUUGAGGGCCCUCUUAGACGUCGAUGUGCAAGUAUUUAGGGUCGCUGAGAAGAUUGAAGAAAGCAAGGCGCGUGCCAAAGCCUUGAUACAAGAUCUGCAGUGUGACAUUGAUGCGAUGAGAGAUGCACUCGCUCAGGCCAGGGGCCCGUCGCGGUCACCACAGAAGAAGGUUCAGUUUGAGGAGACGAAAAGCAUACUGUCUACGUUCUGUGACGGUGCAAACAAGUUGAUCGAGUACAGCUUGGCACGAUUGGACGAGAAAUACAUGCGCGGCCUCCUUUCGGAGGAGGCGGAAGCGGCGGAAGCCGUAAGCAAGGAAGACUGCGAUGCGUCCGCAGCUUCCGAAGAUUUCGACGGAGGGGCGCUCGAAGAGCUUGAAGAGAUGGGGGACUUAGCGCACAACGGCACCCGACCCGCUGCAGGCAGUCUCAGUGAUCAAGAUCGCCCUCAAUCGGACUGGAGUUUCGAGCAGGAGCAGGAGCAGGAGCAGGCAGGGAAGGAAGAGCAGGUGGAGCGGAGGGAUCAGCACGGGACAGAGGCGGAGGAGUUGGAGGAGGAGGAGGAGGAGGAGGCCAAGGAGGAGGAUGAAGAGAACGAGGAAGAGUUCCGGGAGCUUUCGGCAGCCACGCCACAGACUGCCGUGCAGUUAGGCGAGGGUGCUGAAAGUGUCCGGGGCACAGGCAAGAUCGAGCUGGAAUUUCAUUUAGAAGGCGCUGAGGAAGCAGAGCACAGCGUCUUUGGCAUUCCUUCGGCUGGGCCGUCCCAAGCACCGGGCUCUCCAAACCGGAGCGAGGAGAAAGACGACGAGGAAGAGGCGGAGCCGGAGCAAGAGGCAAUGGAUGCCGUGGACGCCGAGGAGGAGGAGGAGCCGAAGAAGACGAAGCGGUCGAAGAAGGCGAAGAAGGCGAAGCGCACGCCUGCGGCGCCGGUGCCGCAGGUCAAGACGCGGAUCGAGAUUCUGCCGCCAGUGAGGCUUCCUGCCCUGACACGCCGCAACCGGAAAAACACCGAUGACUUGGACUGGAACAUGGAAGACCUGAACGCAGAAGAGCUGACUCUGCUGACUUCCGUCAUUGACGAGGACGAACCGUCCAACAGCCUUCAAAGUGUCAGCCAUGAUCCUGCGAAAGAGCGCCUGUGGAAGUCCGUCUUUGGCUUGGAUGACAUGUCUCCUUCGCGCCGCGUUCAAGCACUGCUCCCGCCGCAGCGGAAGUUCGCCGAAGCAGAAGCCCUUGGCGCGCUUGGUGGUUCCUCGGCAGUGACGGAGGGUGGCAUUGGGUACAGACCAGUGCGCUCGCACCCGUGCCUGUGGGACGAGCUCGAGAGGCGAACUCCUGAGGAGAAACUCGCCUCCGACUUCGACGGUACCGGUGACCGCCUCAAAUUUCAUCGUGCGACGCCAAGCAGUGCGGGUGUGGAGGGUUUGGCUGCCCCUUCUCCAGGGACUGAGCUGACUGAGCUGGAAGUGGUGGUCCGCGUGACGGGACUGCCUUUGGUUUCGAGUUGUCAAUGGCUCGACGAUGGCAAUGCUUCGCGUCAGCAACCGCCGGACGAAGCCGCCAGGAGUUUCCCAAACCUCCAGACCGGGGCAGCUGAAAGGCGCUACAACGGCGGCAACAUUCAGGAUGAGCUGAUCUCCAAAGACAGCAAUGCACCCGGGACUCUUGCCAUGGCAAACUGCGGCCAGCCGAACACAGGCGGCUCUCAGUUCUUCAUCAACGUGGCAGACAACAGCUUUCUCGACUGGUUCUCUCCAGGUACAUCAAGACAUCCUGUGUUUGGGAAAAUUACCAGCGGCUACGACGUGGUGGUGCGACUCUCCAAAGUAGAGACGCAAGAUGACGCGCCGACCAAGCCGAUUCAAAUGCUGGCAGUGAGCAUUGUAGGCAAAACGCCAUCGUAG